AUGUGCACAUUUGCAGUGGGGUUUUUUGAAGCCUUUUCGCGCCGAUCGGAAAAGGUUUGGGGCGACGAACAUGACAAUUUCAACUUUCUAUGAAAUCUUAUCCCGAGAGCGAAAGAAUUAAUCCACAGAUACUCGAAAAAUGAACAUUUAGAGGGAAAAAUAUCACUAGCUAUAAUUUUAAGAUACGCUAAAUCCGAGAGCCUGCAAAAAAAUUUUGACGUAAGUCUGAGAAAAGCCACAGGAGAAUCGGGAGGGUAGCAUAACGUGUCCACAAAGAUACCUCUCAAAAUGGAUCGUGAAAACCCCAUAAUGUGUCCAUCAUGAGACCUCCGGCAUACCUUUUAGCUCUAUCUGACCAUCUCGUGAGACAUCUCGAAGGUAAUUUAGAGUUUUCGUUAAAUCGCAAACCGCUACUCCCUGACGUCACUUUAUGACAUCAUUCGGAACACAAGAAAUAAGCGUGAUCAAAAUAUUUGGCUCUAUAUAUACGUGAAAAAAAUUGAAGAAUGGGAAGAGCCUGAAAUAAUAUGGAAAUUUUUUUCUAAGUCGAAUCUAAUUUUUAUUAAUUUAAAAACGUGAAAAAAAUAAAUCAAAUAAUAUGGCUGUGUGUGCGAAUCGCCAAGUCAAGAUGAAGUCAUAGGGAUGAUGUCAAGGAGUAGCGGUUUGCGACUAAACUUGAAAUGUAAUUUAGAGUCUCCCUCCAGUCCCUCGUACCACCGAUAGAAUUCAGCCCUGCGAUAUACCUCCGAGGUUCUCGCGAUACCUUUUCUCGUUUAGACCGUGACUUCUUCAUUGCUCAAAGUUGAAACCCAAUCUUUCGCAAUUUCGAAAUUUCUAUCAGCAAUAAUCAAAGAUUGCGUACUUGAUUAGGAAUAGAAAUCCUCACUUAGAACUUGAUUACAGGUGGCGCAAUUUUUUUUUCAAACAUAGAUGAACCGAGAAAGAGUAUCGCGAUACCCUCUGAGAUAUAUCGCAGGGUCUGGAGUCUGUCGAUGGUACCACGAGUACCUCUGAAGGGUUCAAGAAGAUUUGAGACUUUAGGGAGACUCUCAAGUACCUCCGAGAUGGCUCAGAUAUAGCUAAAAGGUACGCCGGAGGUCUCAUGAUAUACAUAUUAUGGGGUCUCCACGAUAAAUUUUGAGAGGUAUAUUUGUGGACAAAUUAUGGUCCCCUCCCGAUUCGCCUGUGAACAUUUGUGUACUAUAUUGAAAUUUCUUUUCUUGUUAGAUUUGGAGUCAUUGUGAAGAACUACCUCUAUUCAUCUUGUUGAAAAUCUCCCUGUGACAGCGAAACUUGGUGAGAAAAUUGUUCAGGCUAUGUAUUACUGCGGGAGAAAAGCUGCGUUCGGAAAAAACUACGGCGUCUUCAUCUACCUGGUCAACAUAUUCUGCUACCUUUUCAGUUUUGUUAUCAACGUCUGCACCAUAAUGGCAGCCACUUCAACCAUUAACAAGUCAGUGGACUGAACGAGAUCCAGUGGAAUACAAUCUUUCAGACUUGUACGUCGGCAAAUCUACAAAGUUCGCUACAACCUGGUCGUGUCAUUCUUGUCGUUUGUUCUCGUGUCGAUUCCUAACGGAAUAUCGUUGUGUUCGGCGUGGAUCCAGGAGGUUGCGACUCUUUUUUUUUUCAAUAUCUUCCCCAUGUGCGUUAUUUCAGGUGGCCGACUUCAUCGCCAAGCCUUCAACCUACUUCACCUGCGUCAACUCGGGAAUCAACAUCUUCAUCUACUUACUUCUGAAUGCCGAGUUCCGCGAUCACGCCAAGUCUCUUCUGACGCCGUCGCACAGCUAUCCGCCUUUGAAAAGUCCUUCUGUUCGUACCGUCGCCCCCACCACCGUUAUUUGA